CAGGCGCCAUAAAGAUUACACAGGACUUUACACAUACAAACGGUGAAUGGUAAUUUCACCGUCCCGUGUUGUCCUUUGCCGUAUUAUUUCUUAAAGCCAAUGCCUUUCCAUGCCUCUGCAUCACAUGAUGAAGGUCGAGCAUUACGAUUAACACUCCUCGUCCCCCUUGGACUUCCUGACGUUUAACCGCGUUGUGCCGCGUUCCAAGGCAUGAUCUCGGAGUUGAAGUUCUUGGUUCCCUGGGGUCAUAUUGCAGCCAAGGCAUGGGGACCACCACAGGGCCGACCUGUGCUCUGCUUACACGGCUGGCUGGACAAUGCAAACACUUUCAGCAGGCUCCUUCCUUUGCUCCCUAAAGACUGCUAUUACAUGGCAGUAGACUUUGGGGGACAUGGGCUGUCAUCCCACCGACCACCUGGGUUUCCAUAUCACUUCAUGGACUACGUGGGAGAUGUACACAGGGUAGUCGAAGCAUUGAAGUGGAAUCGAUUUACCCUCAUGGGCCAUAGUCUAGGUGGAACUGUGGCAGGAAUGUUCUCAUGUAUAUUCCCUGAGAUGGUGGACAAGCUGAUCCUGGUGGAAUCGUAUGGCUUUUUCCCAGCACCUAAGGGUGAUGAGAGGGGCCCAGGAUUAAAUAGACAAAAGAAGCCAAGCUCCCCAUUCACCCCAAAAGAUGCCUCAUCAGUAUUAGAGGAGUAUGAAAGGCUGCUGAAGCCCAAACGGAAGCUGUUUGAGGGUCUGCUGAGUUUUGAGGCAAACAACCAAUAUUCCACUAAAGUGCGUAGCCCCCAAGAGGCACUUCAGAGACUAUUAAAGGCAAACCCACACCUAACAGAAGACAGUGGAAAAAUAUUGCUGCAGCGGGGGACAACUGAAGUGCCAGGAGGUCUGGUCUAUAACAGAGAUAUAAGAAUUACUUUGCACAAUCACAGUUUUGUGACUUUGGACCAAUCUGUGAUCUUCCUGAAAAACAUCCAGGCUGAUGUACUGAUGAUCAUAGCACAAGAUGGGAUUUUUUCCAGUGAGUCUAAGGAUAUGCCAGUUGCGAAACCCCUGCAAGAGGCAUUCAGGACCUUCCUAAAAGAGCGCUACCACUAUGUCGAUGUACCUGGGAAUCACUUUGUCCAUCUGAACGAGCCGGAAGUUGUAGCUGGGAUCAUCAGUGACUUCUUAAGUAAAGGCGAGAGUCUCAAAGCCAGUCUGUAGCCAGCAUCUCCAUCUUUCCCGCUGACUGCCCAGUGGAUGGGUUCUUUUAGGAAGAACCAUCCCUUCCUACUUCUGGAGCAAGGAACAACAUUGCAGCUGAACUUCCUAUAGGACUCUUCCUUUGGGGCAGAGGGAUACCAAGUUGCACUGGAAACAGCUGCAGGAAGCUUGGAUGUCUGUAAACGUUGUGAAGGAUAUGUAGCCACAUCUACUGUUGCCAAGAAUGUGCCUUCAAGCAGAAGUGACAAUUUUGCUGGCUCUCAUAUACUGUUUUUGGUGAAUAUCUUAGCCAGCUUCUUGUUUAAUUAAUGCACACAUGCUCCACAGGAUCCCAUGAGUUACAGCUUGCUGCUAUUUGUACUUUUUUGGCACAAUAGGUGACUUCUGUCUGAAAGCCCCAAUGUUCUAAACAGACAACAGCUGUUUAAU